AUGUAUGUUUAUGUCGAGUUCAUAACUUGGAUUGACGUAUCCCGGCGUCUGCGCCGCGCCAUCCUCCUAAAUGAUCUCCCUCUCGUAAAACGCAUCAUCCAGAACAACCCGCAAAUACUGCGCAACCCGGAUUUCGAAGACAAAAGCAACACAAGCCUGCAUCUGGCUGCUCGACAUGGCUUCACGCAAAUUGCCGAAUUCCUCAUCGACCUCGGUCACGAAUCCGACCUCAUCUCCCGCAACAACGACCUCGAAACCCCGCUAAUGCUCGCCGCCGCCGCGGGAAAAGAAGAAACCGGCGUGACUCUCGCAAAGCGCUUCCCAGAAUGCAUUCCGUGGGCGGAUAAACACGGGCUUGACGCUCUCAUGCUCUCAUGUAAAUCCGGCUUCGGCACCCUGCACCUCAUCCCCACGCUCAUCCUGCACGGCCCCUCCACGCUCUCCGCCUCCGACAACAACGGCAACACAGCCCUGCACCACGCCUCCGCCGCCGGCGAACUCAAAGCCCUCCGAAUGCUCCUGCAAUACGGCGCGAAUCCGCUCGCGUGCAAUGUAUAUAGCUGGACGCCGCUGCAUUACAGCGCGACGGUGGCCGCGGAGAGUUAUUUCAAGAGCUUGAUCAUCGAGAGCGAGAAGAGCAAGGCCGAGGUUAAGCGGGAGAGGGCGGAGAGGGAGAGGAGGGGCCGGGCCGGGGUCAGGAUUGUCACGGGGGAUGAUGAAGGUGGAAGUGGUGGUGGUGGUGGUGGGGGGAUGGAGUGGAGUCCCGUGGAGAGGAGGAGGGCGAUGACGCCGACGGAGGGGAGGGGCUGGGGGGAUGGGGCGAGAGCGAGGGCGGAGACGGGAGAGUCGAUUUAG